AGCACGUAGCCAAAAAUAAUGUAAAAAAAUUGAAGUGUUUCCUGGGUUUAUCAUCGUACGUAUAACUUAUUUAUUAAAUCGUUUCAAGAAUUGCUGGCUAUUGUUUCACAGGUGGUCAAGUUUGAGGUUAUGGAUUCGAAUUAGUAGGACGGAAUUUUUCCUGGUGUCUUCGCUGAUCAGUAUGGGUAUAGAAGCCUCUCAAAUAAAAUGUGAUUACUUUGCUUCACUUAUUUCAAAUACUUCAUUUUACUACCAAAUUUUAAGGUUCUACACCUACAACACAGAGCGAGUAAAUGACGGUUGGGUGCUGUGGCGUCUUGGCUCAUGUGCUCAUGAAAGCGUUAUCCUUCAAGUGCAUUGUGGAUUUCCCGACAAAGAAUAG